GCGCCUUGAACGCAGCACACCAGUCAGUUUUGUGUGACUUGUGUUCGCUUUGGACGCUGAGUCGGAAAAAGAGCUGUGAGAAACAAGCUCCUCAACAAGAAGCUGUUAUCACACCUGCAAUACCAUGUCUUCUAGGAAAGCAGUGACAAGCUUUUCCAUGCACUCCAUCAGGCACCUGUUGGUUCUCUCCUCUCUGUGUUGUUUCAUAUCUGCAAACGGCUCAGAGACCGACAGGGACCGAGCACACGAAUUGAUGACCACAUAUCCUCUUAUUGACGCUCAUAAUGACAUAGCUACUUCGCUGAGGGCCUAUUACAACAACAACCUGAGUGAAAUUGACCUUCAUAAUCUCAGCCAUCUGACCACCGACAUCUCCCGUCUCCAAGCAGGCCAUGUUCAGACACAGAUGUUUGCAGCCUUUGUACUCUGUCCGGCCCAAGACAAGGACGCCGUGAGACUGACGCUGGAACAAAUAGAUGUGAUCAGACGCAUGUGCACUGAGUACCAGCAGUUUGAGUUGGUCACAUCUCCCGAAGAACUGGAGAAUGCUGAAAAGAGGCGUAAGAUAGCGUGUCUCAUAAGCAUUGAGGGAGGACACUCCAUCGACAGCAGCCUGCCAACUCUGCGGAUGUUUUACCGUCUUGGUGUCCGCUCCAUGACCAUCACACAUAACUGCAAUACACCCUGGGCAAAGUCAUCUUCAAUGUUGUAUAGUUUCUAUCAAAGUCUGACGAACAGCCUGACAAGCUUUGGGAAGGCUGUGGUGGAGGAGAUGAACAGACUGGGGAUGAUAGUGGACAUCUCCCACACUUCUUGGGAAACGGCCUUGGCUGUGCUGAAACACACCAAGGCUCCUGUUAUUUUCAGCCAUUCAUCCUCCUACUUCAUCUGUAGUAGCCAGCGCAAUGUUCCUGACUUUCUGCUGCACAAGCUGAAAAAGAAUGGGGGGUUGAUCAUGGUGAAUUUCCACAACAAUUUUGUUUCCUGCGAAGACAAGGCUAACAUCUCUCACGUGGCAGACCAUUUUGAUCACAUUAAGAAGGUCAUUGGAGCUGAGUCGAUCGGAUUUGGGGCGGACUUCGAAGGCGCUCCAACGUUUCCUCAGGGGCUAGACGAUGUGUCCAAGUAUCCUGACCUGAUCCAGGAACUGCUGCAGAGGAACUGGACAGAAAGCGAUUUGGCUAACGUCCUUAGAAGGAAUUUCCUGCGAGUUUUUAGGGAGGUGGAGCGGGUCCGUGAUGAGUUAAAUGUCACCCUACCCGGUGAGACCCAGAUCCCUGCUAAGGGGAUCCAGAACAGCUGCAGACUGAAUCUUACGCUAGCUAAAAAAUUACAGCAAAGUCCCAUCUCCAGACUCACCUCCGGUCUCACCUUCAGUCUCAUCUCCAGUCCCAACUCCAGUCUCAUCUCCAGUCCCAACUCCAGUCUCAUCUCCAGUCCCAACUCCAGUCGCACCUCCAGUCCCAAAUCCAGUCGCACCUCCAGAGCCCAACACGGAGCUGCAGAUCUGCUGAUCCUGGCUACUGUUCUGCUGCUUUCCAGCAUGUUUAUUGAUUGAAUAUUUAAAAAUGCACUUCA